CACACUUCACCCCCUUCAAAACCCAUCUCAACCAAAAUUUCCAAUCAAAAUCUUGAAAUUGUUUCUAGCAUAAGAAUUUGACAAUGAAUGAUCUAUUCUCAGGAUCAUUUUCUCGUUUCAGAAAUGAAGAACAAUCCCCAAAUCAAGAAUCACCUGGAAUACAAAUGAGACAAACUGGUGGUGUCAAUCUUGACAAAUUCUUCGAAGAUGUAGAAACCAUUAAAGACGAGCUUAAAGAACUCGAAAAGAUUCAUACCCAACUCCACAAUUCACAUGAACAGAGCAAGACUCUGCACAAUGCUAAAAAUGUCAAAGAUCUCAGAACAAAGAUGGAUAAUGAUGUUUCGAUAGCUUUGAAAAAGGCGAAAUUUAUCAAAGUUCGAUUAGAAGCAUUAGAUCGAUCUAAUGCUGCUAAUCGAAGUGUUCCUGGCUGUGGACCUGGAAGUUCAUCAGAUAGAACAAGAACCUCUGUUGUGAAUGGAUUGAGGAAAAAACUUCAAGAAUCUAUGAAUCAGUUCAAUGAAUUAAGGCAAAGAAUGGCAUCUGAGUAUAGAGAAACUGUUCAGAGAAGGUACUACACGGUGACGGGAGAAAAUCCAGAUGAAGGUACACUGGAUACUCUAAUAUCCACUGGCCAAAGUGAGACAUUUUUGCAGAAAGCAAUACAGGAGCAAGGAAGAGGACAAGUAAUGGACACAGUUAUGGAGAUUCAAGAAAGGCAUGAAGCUGUGAAGGAAUUAGAGAGAAAUCUGAAAGAAUUGCAUCAAGUUUUCAUGGACAUGGCUGUUUUAGUGGAAAGUCAAGGAGCACAGCUAGAUGACAUUGAAAGUCAAGUCAAUAGAGCCAAUUCAUUUGUGAGAGGUGGUGCUCAGCAGCUUGAGGUAGCAAGAAAGCACCAGAAAAGUUCAAGAAAAUGGACUUGUAUUGCCAUUAUUAUUUUGCUCAUUAUUAUCUUGGUGGUGGUUCUUUCUAUUCAACCAUGGAAGAAAUGAGAAUUACUCAAAUGUUGGGCCCGAACCAUGGAAUUAGUCACUAAUACUUACACGUCAAGAUAGUCUGUCUACAUAACAUCCCCUUAGGGUGUUGCCUUUCCCUGGCCCUGCAUCAACACGCGAGAUGCUUUGUGCAUCGGAAUAUCUUUCUUUUUUUCAUAUUUCUAAUGUUUGGAGUUCUCUUUGUAAUUAAAUUAUUGCUCACGUAGAAAAGGAGACUGUUUUGUGCUAUUUGCUUGUUUAUACACAUUUGGGUUUAUAUCUAAUCUUUUGUUGGUGAUA